ACUAAUUCCUCUUAUGAAAAUGGCGUCGAGUCAGGGAGGUGUGGGAGCUGUAACGGCUCUUCCAAACCACCACAUAUCCAACGGUCCUCAUUGGAACCCGGGUAUCAACCAGCAUCAGCACCAACUCCACACAGCCCGGAGCUUAGACCGCGCUCUGGAGGAUGCCGUGUGCUCAGGGACGUUGAAUCUUAGUGGUAGGAAGCUUAGGGACUACCCUGGACCGAGCUAUGAUCUUACAGAUACUACGCAGGCAGAUCUGUCCAAGAACAGGCUCACAGAGAUCCCUCCAGAGGUGUGUCUCUUCGCCCCCCUCGAGUCCCUCAAUCUCUAUCAUAACUGCAUCAAAUGCGUCCCAGAAGCCGUCAUCAACCUGCAGAUGCUGACCUAUCUCAAUGUCAGCCGGAACCUUCUUUCAACAUUGCCAAAAUACCUGUUCAACCUCCCACUCAAAGUGCUGGUGGUGAGCAACAACAAGCUGGUGUCCCUCCCAGAAGAGAUUGGGAAGGCCAAAGAGCUGAUGGAACUGGACAUCAGCUGUAAUGAGAUCCAGGUGCUGCCCCCUCAGGUUGGGAGGCUUCAGGCCUUAAGGGAACUCAACAUCAGGAGGAACUGUCUUCACAUGCUGCCAGAAGAGCUGGCGGACUUGCCACUCAUCAGACUGGACUUCUCCUGCAAUAAGAUCACAGAGAUCCCUCCUGUCUACAGGAAACUCAGGCAGCUGCAACACAUCAUCUUGGACAACAACCCUAUGCAGUCCCCUCCUGCCCAGAUCUGCCUAAAGGGCAAGGUGCACAUCUUUAAGUACCUGAACCUGCAAGCAUGUAGAAUGGAUAAAAAGCCUGACUCUUUGGACCUGCCAUCCCUGGGCAAACGCUGCCUUCCCCAGCCUCUCACUGACAGCUUGGAGGAUUUUUAUCCCAGUAAGAACCACGGUCCAGACUCUGGCAUCGGCAGUGACAAUGGGGAUAAAAGACUGUCUACGACAGAGCCCUCUGAUGAUGACACCAUCAGUCUGCACUCUCAGGUCUCAGAGACGGCCCGUGCCGAUGCCCUCUCCCUCCUCUCAAAGAUGGACUCGGCCAAAGAUCAGGACCCCUAUGACUUCAUCGAGCCUAACCCAGAUGAGGAUGCUGCGCUUUCAGAAGGGGAUGGCCAGCAGACUGGACCCUAUAUCUCAUGUAUAAAGGAAUUGGAGAAGGUUCUUAACAAGUCACAACAAAACAAGGACAAGGACAGCUGGAGAGAGGAGUGUGGCUCUGAUAAAGAGCAGCUAGCUGAAGAGGAGGAGGAUGAGCUGAAAGAGGUGCUGGAUUUGAGGAAGAUUGCCGUCCAACUCCUUCAGCAGGAACAACAAAACAGAAGACGGUCCUUAAUUUGUAGAGCAGAGAGUCUAAUCCACCGAAGGAGGGUUGCCGGCCGAGCACACAGGUUCCUCAGUCACUCAGGCAGCUCCAGCAGCAAACAGAGGCCCCCCUCCCAAGCCAUCCGCAGUGCCUCACUGGAUGAAGGAAGCAGUGGAGCAUCAGUGCUGAGUGGCCAGGACCCUGACUUCGCAGACGAUGACACGGCUUUCUCUGAGCCCUCCUCUUCGUGCUCCUUUGACGGCAGCCUGAAGUCCGAGUCUGACACAGAGCCAAAGUGGCCAGAGGUUCCACCCGUACUGAACCAGAACGAGGAGCGUAGAAGGAACAAGUACCUGAGGAAAGAUUAUUUAAAGUACAAGUGCCAGAGUGCCAGAAGAAACUCCAGCGGGAAUGAUGAGUGUGAGGAUGGAAUGCGGAAUGCUGAUUUCAGUACCACCCUCACAGUGUUUGGCCUGAAACCAAGAUCUGCAUUUUGUCGAAGCAGCCGUCAGGAACCAUCAGACCCCAGUUUCACCAUGAGAAGGAAAAUGGAACACCUGAGAGAAGAGAUGGAGCAGAUUGGCCUCCUACGGCAGAACCUGGAAUCCAGACUGAAGGUCUUGCUGCCGGACGAUGUCGGAGCUGCUCUGAUGGAUGGAGUUGUCCUGUGCCAUUUGGCCAAUCAUAUCCGUCCUCGAUCAGUGGCCAGCAUCCAUGUACCCUCCCCCGCAGUGCCAAAGCUAAGCAUGGCCAAAUGCCGCAGGAAUGUGGAGAACUUCCUGGAUGCUUGUAAGAAGCUAGGUGUGCCACAGGAUAAGCUGUGUUUGCCCCACCACAUCCUAGAGGAGCGUGGGCUGGUGAAGGUGGGCAUGACUGUCCAGGCUUUACUGGAUUUGCCUGCCUCCAAGCCCACCCAACUGUCGGCUGUCUAACAUCAGCCUGAACACUGCCUCCCCCCAUCCAGUACAGCUAUACACCCCUCAGCCCUACAGCCCACAGUGGGGGGGACUUCCGGCCUGCUCCGCUCAUAACUGAUGACCAGGGAACCCCUGGGGACUGGGGGCCCAGGGGCUGCAGGGAGUCCACUGCCAGCUGACUGAGCCAGGAAAGGGAGGGGUCAUUCAGCUCCUCUUGCCCUUCCUAUAUGAUAUCAGCUGGGACCCAACCCCCAUCCAUCAGAUUGUUAGCUUCUGUCAUGGAGCCACUAUUAUACGGAGUACCUGUCUAAGAAGAGUACUAAUGGGAUUACCGGUUUUACCUGAACCGUGGAGACUUUAUAAGAGCUGGUAAACCUAAAACCAGGUAAGAGGCCAGACUGAAGGGGGAAUCCCAGUAAAGAUGAAGAACUCUCUGACUGUGGUGAUAUUGAAUAGCCCAUGCCCAGACUGAAAUGGGGUUUCUAUUCUCUGUAUUAAAGACAUUGGUAGUGAAGUGAUAGCUGUUUUAAAGGCAUGUACGCUCACUCUUUCACCCAGAGAACUUAACUCUAUGCGGCCCACGAGCCACAUCACAUAACUCAAGUGGUCCUUACACUCUUUGACUCAUUUUAGAAACAAAUAACCUUCAAGGGGUAUUUGUCAUGCUAAUGUAAGAGCAUUGUGUUAUAUCACACAAUAGCUCUAUUUGCAAUCCCAAAGGUAAAUAUUGGGACAUCCUCGGUGGUGCCAACCCCGUUGGACCCAGCAGCAUAACCCAACCUGACCCUGAGUCUGCAUUAGACUAGAAUUCUUCUAGAACCAAUAACAGUGCCAUUUAGGGGAAGAAUCAUUAGCUAACCUUUUAAAGCAUGGUAUCCGUGAGUCAAAUGGAACUUGUAAUGCAGCACACACCGGAUAGAGACUUCCUCACAUGCACAAUGUUGUAACUUUUUUAGUACCACAGGUGUUUAUUUGAAUAGGACUAGUUAAAUGCCACUUGAAACACACUGAACAGGAGAUGACAUCUGUAGGUACGUUGAAGCCACAGAGGUGUGUAGUUGGGAUGUUUGUUCUAGGUGUGUGCAAUAUGGCAAACAAAUCAUAUUACUAUAUAUAUAUAUAUCCGGAAUUGGAUUGUUUAGUGAUUACGUUUCUGAUUAUUUCCACUAUUUUUUGUUUCACUGCCAAGACUGCCUAGAACAUCUUGAUGAAUUCUAGACAUCUUGACAGUCUAGAACACAUAGGGAAAAAAAAGAUUUGUAACCAAAAAAUUUAUUUUUGCAUGUAUACACCCUUUAAUUUAAAGAUAAAUUCCAGGAUUUUCACCCACUGUUUGUGAAAGUGGCACUGUUGAGCCAAAACGGGUCCCCGUAUAUGAUGUACUGUCCUGUAGUAUUUGCAAAUAUAGUGCCCCAUGUCAUCAAACCAAGUUGUUUUCAAACUUAGCAAAUCAUGGCUAAAUGAGGUAUGAUAGUGAUUCUCCUAAUAGAUUAUGCGCAUAUAAACAACAUAUUACACAUCCAUCCAAAAAUGAGAGGUUUAAAAAGAUAGUUUUCACAAGUCCUGGAACGCAUCUUUAAGUGUGCAGGAUACAUUUUUGGUUAGCUGGUUUUCUGUAGCACAGGUGAUUGCAGAAUUAGCCUGGGGAGCAUAUGUUGAAUAGUUGUAAUACUUUGAAAGGUUCUGGGUAAAGUCUUUUUACGUACCGCAACCAGGGUUUUCUGGGCAGGGGUUAAAAUCACAAUUUUUUUCUAUAAUUUUUAUUUGUAAUAGUAUUUACAAUGCCUUGGGAAUAUAUUCAGACUCCUUCACUUUCUCCACAUUGUCCUGUUUCAUAGACUUAAUUUAUAAUUGAUGUAAUAAAAAAAUAGACGUAAUGACAAAACAAAAACCCAUUUUUAGAAUUUUUGAAGAUGAAAACUUAAACAUCCCAUGUACAUAAGUAUUCAGACCCUUUCAGACCCUUUGCCACUCCAAAUUUGCCACUCCUCUAACUAUCAUUGAGAUGUCUUUACAACUUUAUCGGACUCUAUCUGUGGCAAAUUCAAUUGAUUUGACAUGAUUUUGAGAAGUACACACUUGUCUGUAUUAGAGGUCAACUAUAAUUUUUCAAUGGCAAUACAGAAACCGAUCAUUUUGGGACAAAAAUAGUAGAUACCUAUUAAGUGGAUAAUUAGUGAUUUAUUUAAAUAAUAACAAUUACAACAAUAAUUUUUGAACCAUGAACACUUUUAAUGUAAUGUCUUUAUAAUACACCGCCCCAAAAGCGUAUUGACCGUAAUCAAUUACUGAUUGUUUUGAAAAGCUCAAAUCGGCCCCAGAUUAAUUGGUAAGGCUGAUCUAUAGCCAUCAAAGCCAUCAGGGAAUACUGUUGCCAUGAAAGGGUGCACAUGGUCUGCAACAAUGCUUAGGUAGGUGGUACGUGUCAAAGUAACAGCCACAUGAAUGGCAGGACCCAAGUUUUCCCAGAAAAACUUUGCCCAAAGCAUCACACUGCGUCUGCCUGCUUACCUCCUUUACAUAAUGCUUCCUGGUGACGUUCUCCAGGUUAGCGAUGCACAUGCACCCAGCCAUCCCCGUGAGGUUAAAGGAAAUGUGAGUCAUCAGCCUAGGCCACCUUUUUCCAUUGCUCCGUGGUCUAGUUCCAUUGCUCCGUGGUUGCAGUUUUGGAGAUGCUCUGACCCAGUUGUCUA